UAAAACCUCUUUCACCACUCUCGCACUCUCUUUUCUCUCAGUCCACCAACAGCGCCCUCCUCUCCGUCUCGUGCUCCGGCCAUGGCGAACCCUAAUUCGCUCUGCUUGAUCCUCCUCCUAUCUUCUCUCACCCUCGCCUCUGCCACCGUCUUCUUCGAAGAGAAAUUCGAAGAUGGAUGGGAAAAGAGAUGGGUUAAAUCCGACUGGAAGAAAGAUGAGAACAUGGCUGGGGAGUGGAACUACACCGCAGGAAAGUGGAAUGGCAACGUUGAUGACAAAGGUGGUAUCCAGACAAGCGAAGACUACAGGUUCUAUGCUAUUUCAGCAGAGUAUCCGGAAUUCAGCAACAAGGAAAAAACCCUGGUCUUUCAAUUCUCUGUCAAGCACGAGCAGAAGCUUGACUGUGGAGGUGGGUACAUGAAGCUGAUGAGCGGUGAUGUCGACCAGACUAAAUUCGGUGGUGACACUCCAUACAGUAUUAUGUUUGGACCUGAUAUCUGUGGCUACAGUACCAAGAAAGUCCAUGCUAUUCUGACUUACAAUGGAACAAACCACUUGAUCAAGAAGGAAGUUCCCUGCGAGACUGACCAACUCUCGCAUGUUUACACGUUUAUCAUUCGCCCUGAUGCUACUUACAGCAUUCUGAUCGACAACGUGGAGAAGCAAACUGGCAGCUUGUACUCCGACUGGAGCCUUCUCCCUCCCAAGACAAUCAAGGAUCCCGAAGCUAAGAAGCCUGAGGAUUGGGAUGAUAAGGAGUACAUUGAUGAUCCCGAGGACAAGAAGCCAGAGGGAUAUGAUGACAUCCCUAAGGAGAUUCCCGAUACCGAGGCCACCAAGCCUGAAGAUUGGGAUGAUGAGGAAGAUGGUGAGUGGACUGCCCCAACUAUUCCCAACCCUGAGUACAAGGGUCCAUGGAACGCAAAGAAAAUCAAGAACCCCAACUACAAGGGCAAGUGGAAGGCUCCGAUGAUUGACAACCCAGAUUUCAAGGACGAUCCAGAGAUCUAUGUUUUCCCCAACUUGAAGUAUGUGGGCAUUGAGUUGUGGCAGGUGAAAUCUGGAACCCUGUUUGACAAUGUCUUGAUCUGCGACGAUCCUGAAUACGCCAAGAAGUUGGCUGAAGAAACAUGGGCGAAGAACAAAGAUGCUGAGAAGGCAGCAUUCGAAGAAGCUGAAAAGAAGAGAGAGGAGGAGGAAUCGUCCAAGGAUGACCCUGCCGAUUCUGAUGCCGAGGAUGAUGAUGCCGAAGAUGACGACACAGAAGAUGACUCCGACCUCAAAGCCGAGGCAGCCGAGAGUGAUGACGAUGUCAAGGAUGAAGAACUACAUGACGAGCUUUAGGAAGAAAAGAAGAAAGCAAGCAAAGGAGAGAGAGAGCAAGUCAAUGCUAGAUGAGACAUUUUUCAGUGCUAUUUGUUUUUUGGGUUGUUAUAGCUGUAGAGGCCGAGGGAUUUUAACUAGAGAGGGGGGAAACUAUCGAGGAAUAGAACUGGCAAGAGCGUUGUAAUGAUUCCUUUUGAGACGUUUACCGUAAUAGCGUUACAUUUUUAACUCUCUCGGAGCUCUCAUUUAGAAAGAAGAAAUUUCCAAACUACUCGCCCCCCACCCCAGCGCUUCAAUCUGAUUGAAUAGAUCCUGAAUGUCGAAUUGAAACUGUCCUUUUUCCAGAGUGAGGGGAACAAGCUCGAAAGUGAACUCCAAGCAAGGAAGGCAUAGAGAAUACGUGAUCCUUGGGAGAUGUAGGACAGGUUCAGUAAAAUCAGAGAGUGGAGAUGUAGAGAAUUCGUGAUACUUAUUAAUCCUGCUUAGUACGACUCUUCGUUGCAUUUAUCUUUCGUACAAAAUCCAAAAUCUCACACUCUUUUGAAGGAUUGGCCAAAUGGAAGUCCAUCCC